CCACGUCUUCUUGCUCCAAAAGAAACAAAGAAAAACAGGCCGUCCGUUUCUGCAGGCGUUAGAUUCACAAGGGAAAUUUGUUCAAGGGACACUAUGUAUCUGAAUAUGUUAACUUCAGAAGAUGGACGGGGACAACUCAACCACCGACGCCUCCCAGCUGGGCAUCACUGGAGAGUACAUGGCCUCCGGUCACUACGUCCUCCAGUCCCAGGAGGGUGAGUACGAUGGAGAGGAGAAUAUGAACGACCAUGACGACAGUGGCAUUAAAGAGAACUUCAGGGAGCAGGACAUCUACCUCCCUAUCGCCAACGUGGCUCGCAUCAUGAAGAACGCCGUCCCUCAGACCGGAAAGAUUGCAAAAGAUGCCAAGGAGUGUGUGCAGGAGUGUGUGAGCGAGUUCAUCAGCUUCAUCACGUCGGAGGCGAGCGAGCGCUGCCACCAGGAGAAGAGGAAGACCAUCAACGGAGAGGACAUCCUGUUCGCCAUGUCCACGCUGGGCUUCGACAUGUACGUGGAGCCGCUGAAGCUCUACCUGCAGAAGUUCAGAGAGGCCAUGAAGGGGAGAGGGGUAUUCCUGGAGUUUCUGUGGGAGAGAAACCUGGGGGAAGACUCACGGACGAAAGCUUCUCAAAUCCCAUGCCAGCGGGGAUAUAAUCACAGCAGAGACGGUCAGCAGCAGAACGGUCAUGUUGUACACCACUUCAUUCAACAGGUACACCCACUUACAUUGAGAAUUCCCUUUUAUUCAUGUAUACAGCAACCAGGCAGUCACUUCCUCCAGAUAAACUCACACAAUGUGGCUGUGGUGUGA